GUUGAAUCGAAUACUGUUAAACUGGUACAAUAACAACUUUCAAGGUUUUAACAUUAUUUAUCAUAAUAGUUCUAAAUUUGAUUUUGAUUGGAGAUUAAAAAAAUAUUAUAAGCAAGCUCAAUAUAUAAGUGGAUUGGAAGCCAAACGGUAGCAAGUUAGAUAACUAUUCAAUUCCCAGGAACUCAAGAUGAAAACUGUAGUCGUAAUAUUUUGUGCCUAUUCCAUUGUUUUGGUGCUAGGUAAUAGUGCCUUAUUAGUUCAAGGGCAGGGACCACCUCCUCCUCCACAAGGUCAAGGAGGAGACAUGGCAAGUAUGGAAGGCAUGGGCUCCAAUAUGGGAGGUAUGGGUCCCAGUAUGGGAGGCAUGGGUUCCAAUAUGGGAGGUAUGGGUUCAAGUACCGGCGGCAUGGGUCCCAGUAUGGGAGGCAUGGGUUCCAGUAUGGGAGGCAUGGGUCCCAGUAUGGGAGGCAUGGGUUCCAGUAUGGGAGGCAUGGGUCCCAGUAUGGGAGGCAUGGGUUCCGGUAUGGGAAGCAUGACAGGCAUGGGUUCCGGUAUGGGAAGCAUGGCAGGCAUGGGUUCCGGUAUGGAAAGCAUUGGUUCCGGUAUGGGCAGCAAGGGAAGCAGCUCAAGAUCAUCUACAUCGGGCUAGAAUGGACCAUUUAAAUAGCAAACUUAUUUUAUUAUUUUUUCCUAAUAAAUAUAAAUUAUUAUACGACA